CUCAAGCCCGCGGCGCGCGGCGCCGCGUGCUGGGCCCGGCGGCGUGGCGCGCGCGGGGGCGGCGGCGGUGCGGCGGCGCUGGGCCCCCGAGCGAUGGGGCGGGAGGGGGCCUGCGCGGACGACGGCAUCAGGCGGGAGGCCUCGCACCAGGUGCUGGACGCGAAGGUGUUGCCCGUGGCCGCCACCCCAGAUGGCGCGCCCCAGGGACGCAGCUUGGGGCUGCUGGUCAUGAAGUUCAGCGGGGCCAGCCUCGCCACCGCGGAGAGCUGGCGGCGGGUGGCGAGCAUAGUUUGCGACCACGUGGACAGGCGGCCUGUCGUCGUCCUGAGCGCCAUCGGCCAGACGACGAACGAGCUGGUCAACGCCUCGAAGAGGGCGCUGGAGGACGGCACGGUGGACAUCUCGGCGUUCGAGGCGGCCCACAGGUCCCUGCUGGAUGACUUGGGGGUCCCGGAGCCCGAGGAGGUGACCGGAUUCUUCAAGGAGCCGCAGUGA